AUGGAGGAGGCAGGCGGCCGCCUGGACGCGCAGUACGAGCGCCUGGCGCUGGACACGGCGCUGAGCACCCUGCUGGCCGUGCUGCUGUACGUGGCGGUGAAGGUGAGCGUGGACAGGCUCCGCCACUGGAGGGCGAGGGUCUCGGUGCUGAUCGUGGGGGCUGGCCCCGUGGGGCUGACGGCCGCGCUGGUCGCUGUCCGCUCGGGCAAGGUGCUGAAGCUGACGCUGCUGGACGAGCGCUACCGGGCAGCCCUGCUCUGCCGACCCCAGCAGAUCGCCCUGCAGCCGCGCAGCGUCCGGUUCCUGCUGGCCCUGGGGGUGGAUUUCGAUAACAUGGAGGGCUGCUGGGACAACGAGCACUUCUUUACCCGCAUCGGCGUCUUCCAGGAGCACCUGCUGAGCAUCCUGGAGCAGCAGAAGUACAGGCAGGAGAUCCGGAUCCUGCUGGGCACCAAGUUCUCAGAUGACUUUAUAAGGAAGAGUUUAGCCUCUGAGUGGCCACAAAUAAUUGUGAUAGCAGAUGGAUCCUGCGGAGAAUCAAGCUCAGUUCUUGGAAUCAGUCCAGAUUACAUUGUGGAAUCCUGUAAUGCUUAUGGAGCAAAUGCAGCUAUUGAGAGGCGUGAUCAGAGACAGGUGCCAACUCCAGAGAUCCGUGCUCACAGUCUAUAUUUUGAUCUCUCUGCUUAUGGAAUGGAUAUAUCUUCCACGGGUAAGGAAUCUCUGAAGCCAGGAUUUCAUCUGAAAAUCUAUGGAACAUUCCGUAAUCGAUACAUGGCUUUGGCAUGUCCAGCUUCUGAUUCCAAAGUUGUUAGAUUUCUACGGCAUACUCUCAAUUCCUCAAUAAUGAAGAACAUAUUCCACCAAUCUUUCAAUGCCUACAAGAUGGAUAUUGAACCCAGGGUGAAUGAAUUGACUCUCCAUCAUGUCCAGUGUAGUAGAAGACUCUUUGAGAUCAUGCUUUCUCAUAGGAGGGUAACAGCAGCCUUCAUUGAGGGGGACAAUGUAGUGGUCACUGUGGAAGGAGAAGCAGCCAGAGUGCUGAAUUUCGACACUGGCUGUGGAGUUAAUCUUGGAUUGAGAGGCUUGGAAUCCUUGGAAGAAUUAAUUUACAGGGUUGCUACAGCAGUGGAUCAGAAUGAUAUCUUUGAAGCACUGUCUGCCAAGAUACGACACUCCAAGCAAGUGUCAGAGGAUUUUAAGCAGAACGGAUUAUUUACCACAGUUUUUGAAUAAACAGGUGGAAGGAACGCAAUGCAGCCCUGUGGAGAUCUGGGCCUAUUUAUAGGACAAACAAAAUGAGUGGUAACUGCAUAACUCUGACUGCAAAAAAAAUCCAGGACCUCAAAUUCAGCACAGCUAUCUAAAACUUAAAGGGGUGGCUCAACCGUUUUAGGAUCCAAAGUCACUUUCUCCCCCCCCCCCCC